GUCCGCUCACGAAAAAACACGACGAGUCUACGUCGAACCGGCCGAGGGACGAAGAUAUUCGGGAUCGUCGUAAGAAACCAGUGAUGCUGUUCAUCCACGGAGGCUCCUACAUGGAGGGCUCAGGGAACAUGUUCGACGGGAGUGUCCUCGCCGCCUACGGAAACGUGAUUGUUGUCACUAUGAACUAUCGGCUCGGCGUGCUAGGGUUCCUGAGCACAGGAGACCAGUCUGCGAAGGGAAACUAUGGCUUGUUGGAUCAGAUCCAGGCUCUGCGCUGGCUCAACGAGAACAUCGGCCACUUCGGCGGAGACCCAGAGAGAAUCACCAUCUUUGGCUCCGGAGCUGGUGCCGCCUGCGUGAACCUGCUCAUCCUCUCCCAUCACUCUGAGGGCCUGUUCCAGAGGGCCAUUGCUCAAAGCGGCUCAGCCAUCUCCAGCUGGUCAGUCAACUACAGACCUCCAGUGUACACAGAGAUCCUGGCAAAGAAGGUGGGCUGCACGCUGGACAACAUGGCUGAGUUGGUGGACUGUCUGCGGAGGAAGAGUUUUCGGGAGCUGGUGGAUCAAGAUAUCCAACCUGCACGCUACCAUAUCGCCUUUGGGCCAGUGGUAGACGGUGACGUGGUGCCGGAUGAUCCAGAGAUCCUCAUGCAGCAGGGCGAGUUUCUCAACUAUGACAUCUUGCUAGGUGUCAACCAGGGAGAAGGCCUGAAGUUUGUGGAUGACAGUGAGGGAGAAGAUGGAAUAUCAGCUGCCUCAUUUGACUACACAAUCUCUAACUUUGUGGACAAUCUGUAUGGACACCCUGAUGGUACAGAUAUCCUGAGGGAGACGAUAAAGUUCAUGUACACAGACUGGGCUGACAGGGACAACAGUGACAUGCGUAGGAAGACCCUCCUGGCUCUGUUCACGGACCACCAGUGGGUGGCCCCAGCUGUUGCCACUGCCAGACUGCACGCCGAGUUCCAGUCACCCGUUUACUUCUAUACCUUCCACCACCACUGUCAAACAGAAGCGAGGCCAGAGUGGGCGGAYGCUGCCCAUGGAGAUGAAAUCCCCUACGUGUUUGGGAUUCCCAUGGUGGGGGCCACUGACCUCUUUCCUUGUAACUUCUCCAAGAAUGACAUCAUGCUCAGUGCUGUAGUCAUGACGUACUGGACCAACUUUGCAAAGACAGGGGAUCCUAACCUCCCUGUUCCUCAGGACACAACAUUCAUUCACACUAAGCCUAACCGUUUCGAGGAGGUCAUCUGGACUAAAUUCAGUUCCAAAGACAAGCAGUAUUUACAUAUUGGCCUGAAGCCUCGUGUCAGAGAUAACUACCGUGCCAACAAGGUGGCUUUUUGGCUGGAGCUUGUGCCGCACCUUCACACCCUGCAAACCAUCAGCACCGCCACCACUCGAUUGCCCACCGGCACCGGCCGCCGGAAGCCCACCUAUUCUGGCACCCGAUCCACCCAGCACCCGAUAAUCUCCACUUACCCACCAGAACUUGASCCUGAACCUGGCUCAGACAGACCGGGCUACCCUCCCUUCCCCAGCAAGACAAGGGACUACUCCACCGAGCUGAGCGUGACCGUAGCUGUUGGUGCGUCCCUUCUUUUCCUAAAUGUCCUGGCCUUUGCGGCGCUUUACUACAAACGAGAUAAGCGACACGAACUCAUGCAGAGGCGUCAUCGCCGGCUCUCACCACAACGUGGCACCACAAUGGGCAUCGGCGUUGGCAUGGGUGUAGUGGGGGCCCCGCCACACAAUGACCUGGCUCUGAGUCAGGAGGAGGAGCUAAUGUCACUGCAGAUGAAGCAGCAGAGGGUGGAGCUUGAGCACGGGACGCCUCUGCCUUCCCGUGGUGUUCACGGUGACCUGGAACCACUGCGACCCCCGGUUUGCCCACCCGACUACACAUUGGCCCUGCGGCGGGCACCCGAGGAUGUGCCGCUGAUGACCGCCAACACCAUAACCAUGAUCCCCAGCACCAUCAGCAGCAUUCAGCCGCUCCACCCCUUUAACACUUACCCCCCGGUCCCGGCCCCUUCCUCUACCCCCGUCCCCAGCCACAGUAACAACGCUCUGCCACACCAACACUCCACCACCCGCGUAUAGGACUAGGCACAAGCUCUGCUACCCAUCUCUGGGCUCACAAAGACGCACCACACAAACUGCUCCAUCUCACCAACUCUCACCAACCUCUGCUCUUUUUAUUUCCUAUCUUGUUUUCCUCAUCAAGCCCUCAAAAAAGCUGCAGUUUGUAAGAUCUGAAGCAGUGAAAUACCUCCAAGCUAUAAUCAUAACUCAAAGGGGACUUAAUUGAAAAGCUCUUUUGUCAUUCUUGGCACAUACAGCUUUUUCCUGCUCUUGCUCAACGAAUAUUUGGUGCUUAGGAAAGUCGCCAAAUGCGCUGCUUGAACUUUGUAGCUCCCUCAAAGAGGUGUCAUAAUCAGUUGGUUGUUUAGAGCAUGUGGGGUUUUGUGUGCGUGCGUGCGUGCGUGUGUGUUUGUAAAACCAUGUUUAUCAAAGGAUACAAACACAAAUUGUCAUUCAUUUAGUGAAAAGAUGAUACAGUAGCAAGCAGCUUUGUAUGAGGCAGCAUAUGUCCCAACAAGCUGUCUGUCAUAAAGCGCUGAUUUCUUGAAGCUUACAAAUUGCAGCUUUAAAGGCCCAAUCUGGAAGUGAAAUUUGGCACCCUGUAGAGAGCACUGUGUUGCAACAGCUGUCUACUCAUUGUGAUUUUAAAAGGUAUUGUUUGGUGUAAAAUGUAUUGGCAGGGUUGGGAAUACAAUAAUAAAGACUGUUUGAUGACAUGAAUAAAUUUAUUGUUAAAAUUUGAUAAUUUAACUCUAGUGUGUGAGCUUGUUUCCAGUUGUUUUAUGCUACCAGAAAUGGAGACUUAAGCCAUUUUCAAGUGGUGUUCUCUGGAAAAGUCUUGAAAAGUUAUUUUCUUACUUGUAGAUAGCUCUUUGAACAACCUCUGCUUGAAUAAAUAGAGUUUAUUUGUGACUGGCUAGUCUGGCAAGAUCAUUUUUAUUUAUAUUUUCAUUGAUGCAAAAGCUAUUUUAUAAACCAUUGCACUGCCAUGCAUAAUGUGCAUUCCACAUUUAUUUUUGUAGAAUUUACCUAUUUUUCACAAGAGCAAAUAUAGCAGCAGUUAGCUGGAGAACUUACAGUAAAUCCUGAGGCACUUUCAGCAAAAAAUAUACACAUAUAUUUGAUCCUGCCUAAAUUACAAUUUAAUGUAAAACUGACAGUGGUCUAAAGAUUUAUGCAUUAGUUUCCCUUAAUUGCAAUAAAAACUUGAAAAUGAAAGUUUAUUUAAACAGUCAAAAUAUGUGACAAGCUAAUAGUGGCUAGCUUGAGUGGAUCUAUUUUCAAAGUGCAUUUUAGCAUAAAACUCAACUCUUUAAAUUUUAAAAAUUAACAUCCACACACUGUUUUGUUAAUCUUUACACCUCAGUCAAUUUUACAUUUCAUAGUUAUUCCRGCAGGGGUGUUGUGAACUUCCUGCUGGAAGUGGACAAGGACCAGAAGUUCUAGAGCUAGCUGCUAUUAAAAAUUUUCAAAUAGUCACAGAAUUCUGUGUAAAUGUCCAUGUGAUGUGAAAGUCACGCCAAUAUAUCCAGAUUUACAAAAACGUGUGGGAAUGAACAAUAAAUUUUGAAAAUUAAAGAUGAUUUAGGAUGGCAAAAUCAUUUUAUAAGGAGUGACAAGCUAACAAUGGCUAGCUCAAGUGGGCCCGGUGUAUUUUGCCAUCUUAAAGCAACUCUUCUCUUUAAAAAUUUAUAGUGGUUUAUGCAGAAUCCAUUUUAAUAAACCUUUAGAUCUCCAUCGGUUUUGUAUUACUGUUAUUCUGGCAGAAAAACUGUGAUUUUCCAACUGAAAGUGGAGCAGGCUGCCUGCUAUUAGCACUAUCAAAUAACAAGAGAAUUCCAUGUAAAUAUUCAAUUCAAAUUCAAUUCAAAUUCAAUUCAAAAAUACUUUAUUGAUCCCAGAGGGAAAUUAGGUGUUGUUGUAACUCAUUUAACUAAAAACUUAUUGUAGAUGCUAUGUUUGUAUUGUAAAACUUAUAUUGAUGUAAAGGUUUAUUAAACAGAAAAUAAGUGUCUGCAUAAACUGCUAUGGCAUUUUGGAGCCUGGAGCUGUUUUAACAAACCAGACAUUCACUUUGGUUUUUGCUGUUUUUAGCCUUGCUGCUGGUUUGUUUURAUCUGAGGUUGUUCAAAGACACAGAUAUCUAGUGUUCAACAUUUUUCCACAAAACCCCACUUCAAAUUGGAGAAACCAUGCCUUGAAUAUGGUCUUUUUUCUCCCUAAUUUGUCGUCGUAGUGCUGCUGGUCUGAAAACAUUUCCAGAUUGGGGGCUCCAACUGGUGGCCAGUUCAGAGAARAACUGAAUCCCAUUCAGGGUGCAGUCUGGAAUCCAGGCUGCCCAUUUGAGCUCGCUGCAUCUGUGCCUCACAGGCUCUAAUCAUGUUCAUUACUUUAUUUGUUUCUCUCAUUAUCUCUCUCUGUCUAUCCUCCACCUCAAAUCAUUUAACUGCUUCUUUCAUCUYACUGCCUUACAUUUUUUUGUUUCCUUCUCUUUCUUAUUAAACCAUUGACACAAUCUGUUUCUCUCUUUCUCACAAACACUUCUAGACUCUUUUCUUUUGUUUCCUUUUAGAGUCUUUUAUACAGAAACACUAAUGUAUAUGAUGUAUUAUUAAUAAAUUGUAAGGAUAUGAAUGAAAAAAAAAAUCUGAUAUCUCGUUUUUACCAGCAUUCUUGGUGCCAAGUACUGUGAUAACGUUCCUCUGGAGUGGAGCGCCUACAGAGGUCCAUCCUGACUGUAUCGAACAAGAAGGAGUUACCAUGAAAAAAAAAGUGCCAACCCCUUUAUCUUUUUUUUAUACACCACACACAGUUUUAUUCUGUUUUGUUUUGUUUAUUUUUUAAUUACACUUGAUGUUGCACUGUGGCUGGUCUCUACUUUAAAGAGAAAUCAGAAUUAAGAUAUCCUCAUUUAAAAGAGAAAAAAAAUAUAAAGUUUUAUUAACUACUUUGUGUGUGGGCUUGUUGCAUGAUUUUUUAAAGUGUGUGGGCAGAGUUUGUCAUUUUGAUGAUUUGCCUUGUUUUGUUUUGUUUAUCCAUAAUUUAGUUUUUUUUUAUUUUAAGAUUUCYGUUUCUAUUUUAAAAUCUGCUGCACUUUGUGGUACUUCAGAAAGUAUUAAUAGAUUAUUAUUGUGUAAAGAUUAUAUUAAAGAAAGUAAAUAUUUGCUCUUUAUUUGCCCCAGCCCCCCCAACACUGAGGCUUGUGCCGUAAAUCUACAGUACUGGAGACUGAUGAAAGCCCUUUUCAUUUCCCCCCUUUUAGCUUUUUGUUCUCUCUCUUUUACAGCUGUCGAGUUUGCACAGUCACUGUCUCAGACUCACCUGAAGAUUGCACUUUUUGAGUUACAAAAACAUAAAUACAGAGAGAAAGAGACAAGACUAUUUUACACAAAUACUCCGGAUUUUGUGAGCCACACACUUCAAUUGUUUCGGGGACCUGCUUGACAGUUAUCUUUUCGUCCGUUCUUUUGUUGUCUCAUGGCGUGUCCCCCUCACACACACACCCCUUCCUGCUUCUGCACGGCGGGAGGAUAAGGAAAACAUAUAUUUAUGGCCAAAAGAUGAGCGAUGGAGCCUUGUAAUGUCACGUCUUUCGCACAAUUGCACACCCAGAUGGGAUGGACUCUGGACAAUAUCGACGACAACAAAAAUUACAUUAUCAGGACAACGAUGGAGAUGCAGAGAUAGCGUUGUGCGAUUCGUCAAUGCACAGUGGAUGCAUUCAAGAACAAAAAAAUAAACGAUUUAAAAGACAUUACUCACUACAUGUACCAUGAAAGCAAGGCGAAUGGUCUCAAUUCUCCCCCAGYCCUUCUUUGUUACAUCUUGCAUCUCGUGUGUUGGGAGGAACGGCAAUUGAACUGCCAUCCUCCACGCUGAACCAGAGCGAGAUGCAAGGACAAAAAAUUGAAGAAAAAAAGUUUUAAAAAAAAAACGCAGAAAACAAACUGUACAUUUUUUUUCUAAUGUAAGAAAACAAACUGAAAUUUGUAAAUAUUAUGUUUUGUCGUUUGGUUCGAGUGAUUGGCCGGAUCUUUUCUUUGUGACAACAGGUGCAAGUUUAGAUGACUUCAUGCACAAAGUUGGAUUAUUUAAUUGACCUCGAGAGAUCAAAUUUUAAAAGGUGUAUCUAAAACAUUUUUUUUUAAAUCACAGCAUGGAUGAGGUAACCACACAGAAAAAGGGGAAUGCUUCUGGCUCAGGGUAGCCUAAAUAUUGUGACGAACGUGCUCUUACUGCAUACRGUCAUCUAAAAUAUAUUGUACUGACUAGGCACCGUCCCAUCCGUCAUGAAAGGCUGCUUCUGAAUGGAAGCAAGUUCUUUUAUUGGUGAAAACGCCAAAGAUGAAAGAGAUGAAGAAAGAGGAAAUGACGGAUUUAAGAAGCUAAAUGAAAAAAAAAACAAAAACAAAGAGAUAGGGUUACAGAUCGGCUCAAACACAAGCCACAAAUCAAGGAAUUCAAUUUGUGGCUCUGUUGGAUUUGAUGGUUUUUGUAUCACAUUGUCUUGAGCAUACAGUAUACCCAUGUGACUGGAAGCUUGUGAAAUCAUUUGUACUCUUAUUCCAGACUAUAAUCAUGGUGAUUGUUUUGCUAACUUUUUGCAAUUUUGUCCUGCACAUCYUGUUUAUGGGACUAUUGACCCAGCUGUCUGAUUGUGAGUUUCAGUUGCCCGACCUUUCAAGGUAAAAAAAAAAAAAAAAAGGAAAAAAAUACGCAUUACAAAAUACUUUCUUUUUUCCUCUUUCUCUUUUAAAAAACAAUGGUUUGGACCAGCCAACAGAUAAUGGAAGCACACUCACCAAGUCUACAUGUUUACACUACAGGUUUGUUGUUGGCUUAGAACUCAAAGCGUGACUCAGCUUCAAAUCUCUUACAAUAUUUGAUGUCAGAUGCUAAAGUGGAAGGCUUGCACCUGUUUGUCUGUUUCAUUUAGUCUGAUUCAGUAACCUGCUCAAGACGCAAGGUUCAGCGGGAGUAAAUAAAGGCAAGACGGGGUUGAAAUAACUAAAGUUAAUAUUUCUAUUUCAAAUAGAGGCUAUUACACACUGUAUGUUGUGUAUCUGAACUGGAAAACAUUAAAAGACAUUCUUAAACAAA